GCGCGUUCAGUCUGGCGGCGGCGGCCGUGCGCGAACAGACGUGCCCGGAGCGCCGCAGCCGCCAGCAUCCGAGACGCGCCGCGCCGCCGGGCCGCGCCCGCCCGCCCGCCCCCCGCCAUGGUGGCGUGGAUCAUCUCCAGGCUGGUGGUGCUAAUAUUUGGCACCCUUUACCCUGCCUACUCUUCCUACAAGGCUGUGAAAUCGAAGGACAUUAAAGAAUAUGUCAAAUGGAUGAUGUACUGGAUUAUAUUUGCACUUUUCACCACAGCAGAGACAUUCACCGACAUCUUCCUUUGUUGGUUUCCAUUCUAUUAUGAACUAAAAAUAGCAUUUGUAGCCUGGCUGCUGUCUCCCUACACAAAAGGCUCCAGCCUCCUCUAUAGGAAGUUUGUACAUCCCACGCUGUCCUCAAAAGAAAAGGAAAUCGAUGAUUGCCUGGUCCAAGCAAAAGACCGAAGUUAUGAUGCCCUCGUGCACUUUGGGAAGCGAGGCUUGAACGUGGCGGCCACGGCGGCGGUGAUGGCCGCUUCCAAGGUGGUUCGACUCUUUCCUUUUGUCUCCUCUUUGGACCUCAGAGAAGGGCAGGUAACCCCGCUGAGAGAUGUGACUAACUCCAAACUGAACCCUUCGGGGAUGGAAGCCAGCAGCCACCUGUGCCCACUGGCCCAUGGUCUGGAUCGGAGCCAGGUGUCUCUCCUCCCGACAGCCGUGUGUGUACAUGGACAGGGUGCCUUAUCAGAGAGACUCCGGAGCUUCAGCAUGCAGGAUCUCUCCACCAUCAGGGGAGACGGCGCCCCUGCUCCCUCCGGCCCCCCGCCACCGGGGCCCGGGCGGGCCAGCGGCAAACACGGCCAGCCUAAGAUGUCCAGGAGUGCUUCCGAGAGCGCUGGCAGCUCAGGCACCGCCUAGAAUCCUUCGAUCUCGCUUCAGGAAGAAAAGUACCUCAUCCUCGGCCACUGAAACCACGUGAGUGAGAUGAGCCAACAGCACUGGAUCCACAGAAUGUUUCUUCUCUGCCUUAAAGAGCUAUUUAUUCACUAAUAACAUAGAAACCCGCAGGCUGGUGUGCUGAGCGUGCAGCCUCGGACACGGCCUUUCCUCUCUCCCCUGUUCCAUUUGGAAGAGUUUCUCUUCCCCCCUCCUUUUCUUUCUUUUGCUGGGGAGAGGCUAAAGGGAAAGGUAGUGUGCCGGGGGUCAGCAGUUUUCCACAACUGGACCGGCGUACAGACAGCAGUGUUUUAGAAAUAGAAGAGAAUCGCCCCCACUGCUGGGAUGCACAUUUGUCAUUUCUUGGUCGCAUACUUCGUUUUUAGUCCUGUAUAUGCAAACAAGGCAAUUUGCUUUUUAACUUCUUUUUGUUCUUGGUACUAGUACUUUGGACUACAAUGUACAUAUUUAUGGCUUUUGGCUUAAGAUAGUGGACUUGCAAGGGCUGCCAGAGGUUCUGAUGUGGAAGAAAACUGCAAAAGCAGAAGUGUAAAAAAUUAUCUUGAUUCUAGAGGAUGUCUCAGAUGUGCUUAUGAAGCUUCCAAAUACACCUCGAGUACAACAUCCCUCUUCCUGCAGGGCGAUGGUCCAUAUCCUUCAGACAGUCAGUCAACAGACCAGAGGGAAGUUUAGAAUGAAGAGAGGCAACACUUUAGUGACAGGUGUGAGUGUAACGAAGACAGGGGAACAGCCUAGAAUAAGAGAAAAGUCACAGGAAGCUUGUCUCUCCCAUGGAUCCAGGAUUAGGAGCUUCUGAAUCCUUACAGGGGAUUUAUCAUUGUCUUAGGCUGGAGCCUCGCCCUUGGUAAAACUCCUCUCGGGCGUGUAGACUUACAGAGCUGUUGUAAGGAAUCAUCUUGAGUGGUUCAAAAGUGCUUGACGAUGAAUGUGUCUCCAUAAUAGGACCCAGUGCUGUGACUGAUUUCCCCAGGUAGAGGAGCCCACAGUGGGAGCGCCUCGUUUCAGGAAACACUAAGCGAAAACCAACCCAUCCACCCAAACAAAAGCAACCCUGCGAUCAUGCUUUGUUUCAGAUACGCGGUAAAGUACAUCUGAGACACCUGGGUAACAGUCCAAACGCUGGGUUCUAGAAAGGUUUCAGAGGUCGAGACCUUCAUGGAUGUGACUGGCUCCCCAGCUCACGGGCAGCUCUGGCUCAUGCCCUCUGUUCCUCUCCUGGCCUGUGCAGAAUGUGAACCAGAGAUGUCGCACGCUCAUGGGCACUCGUACUUCAUACAAGCCCGCAUCGCUUAGGAAGAGAACAAAUCACUGUCUGAGGGAACUCCCUGCUUAGACUGAGAAUUUUAUCUGAAAAGAAGAAUCUGGUUUAAAUAGCAUUUUGGUCUGAGGCAGCUGCUCUGGUAGAGCUGAGCCUAAAUGUAGGACUCAUAUACUUACGCUUAGAGUUGGUGUUUCCUUUCAGUGUGAUGCAUGCAGUGGUCACAACCCAGUUACUUAUAAUACUUGGAUUGUGUUUGUUCAUAGAUAGGCCCUGAACACUAGAGAGUGUUAUGUACCACAUAGAACCUACUGUCAAUCAGCUAUAAACAGGCCCAGUUAAAGACUGAGCUACACAAACACACAUCAGUCUUUGCUGGUGACACAUUGGCUGGAUCUUAGCCACCUCCGAGAGGGUUUUACUUGAAGUUGCUUGUUACCAGAUGUGCAUAUUUAAAUCCCUUUUCCCCACAAUGCCUCUGAAGGUGACUUUGUAAUUUACAAAAGGAUUUAGGAAAAUAAACCUAAAAGCAAAUUUGUGGUUCAGAGGGCAAACAGAGGCUGUCUGUUCAUUGUCUGUGCCCCACACCCACCAAUACCUAAACCCCCGAGGGAAGACAGAAAACCUGUUUUCUUCAAGCUCACUGAAUAGUUUCAGACAGAGGAAAAAUAUACGCUUUAAAAUGUAUUUACCUGUCAUUGGGAGUACCCAGAAUUAUCAGAAACAAAAGCAAAAAAAGCUUAACUCAUUAAGCAGCUUUCUAGCAAUUUUUUUUUUUUGCCAAAGUAAUAAAUGCCUUUAGCAGCAGAGAUUAAAAUCCUAUUGUGAACAAGCUAUAGUUUCACCAUUUUACAAUGGAGAGUUUUAACAUACGGGCUAUGAAGUUUGCACUCAACUAUGCCAAAAACAAGUUUGAAGCACUCUACUCUCAGACAUGCUGUAUUAGUUCUCAUUUAAGAUUUAAAAAAUAUAAAGGUAUCCAAACUGCUGUCUUAAUGUAACUAUUUUUCCUUCAAGUGUUGGUUAGGGAGUUGGAUUCCCUCUUAAAAACACCCACUGUACAACUGAGAGCAGCUGUCAUAUUUCUGGCAAAACAUGUUUACUUAUCCAACAAGCUGUGUUUUUGUGUGGACUGACGUAAAAUGUGAAUGCCUCAAAGUGUACAAGUAGUGAUGUGGAGUUCUGUCUAGAGGAUAAAACUGAAUGUUUUUAAUUGGCUGAUUUACAGACACAGGCUGUUUACAAAAUGCUAGCUGGAAAGUCUGUACUUUUCAUGUAGUAAUUUUCGGUUCUUUGCUAUUGAGCACCUGUUCUGUUUCUGAGAAGAUGAGACGUGGUAUUAUACUUAUAAACUGGAGAGUUAGGCAUAAUCCCUCCUGGCUUUAUGUGAAUAGCUUGCUCACUUCGCUGGCCUCUGAAAUGUAUGUUCUCUGUAGUAUACUGUCCAUGUGUCUGUGAUAACAGUGCUUGUCAACCACGACCACCACCGAGUACCUUCCUAGUUGUUCACCUUGCACAGUAUUGGAAAUGGUAAAGGAUGUGUGUUUCAUUCACAAAUGGCACACACGCAGAGAGCUGGCAUUCUGGACGGUGACUGUGUACACUUGCCCUUGGUUUAUUUCUGUAAUCCCCAUAGAAUGAUCUGUAAUCAAAUAGUAUACUGAACUGUGCAUCAAAGGGAUGUAAAGUUACAGUACUCCAAAGGUUGAAGUUCUGCUGUUUUGUUAUAAUGCCUGAUAUAUAUCUUGAAUAAAGUCUUAACCUUUUUCUUUUAAAA